CUUACGGCGUACUUUGGCCCAACCCUUAUUUGGCUACAAUUAUGUGUGGAGGCUCUUUUCGUCUACCUGCUAGUAUUAUUACUUCCCGGCUCCUCGCAUUCCCAAACACCUGUCGUGUCUCGCUGCCCAUUUCCCUGCUCCACUUUUGGCCAGCGGCAGUCAGGACCAUGGCUUCGACCUCUCACUCACCUCCACGCAGAUUCCCUUCGUCGGGGUUUGUGGCUCUCGACCCAAAGCUGAAGGUAGAAGAGGAGGAACUACCCUCCUAUGUGCCAGGAGAUUUUUACCCAGUUAUGAUUGGUGAGGUCUUCGUGGAGAGAUACCAAGUAGUAGCUAAACUUGGCUUUGGUAUGUCAUCCACAGUUUGGCUUUGUCGGGACCUUGUGGAUCAUCGAUAUCUAUCUCUCAAAGUAUGCACCUCACACAACCGGCAAAAUAAUGAGAUUGCCAUUUGCAACCAUCUCAAGGCAAGCAACAUUGAGCAUCCCGGAACACCAUUUGUUCGCAUGAUACUUGAUUCUUUCAACAUCAUGGGCCCAACUGGGAAUCAACACCAGUGCUUGCUUUACCAACCUCUUGGGAUGAGCUACACAGAAUUUCUUGACUUGUUUCCCGACAAGCAGAUGCCUGAGGCCCUGAUUCAGAGGAGCAUGCAGUUGAUACUCUUGGGGCUAGACUACUUACAUAAAGCCAAGGUUGUCCACACGGAUAUAUCUGCAAAUAACAUUCUCCAAGGGAUCACCGACCUUACAGCCCUUUCUGAAAUUGAAGAUGGUGAGGCCAACCAGCCAACUGCUAGAAAGGUUCUUGAUGACCGCACGAUCUAUGUCUCGCGACCCAUGCUGAUAAACACGGGAUUACCUGUUCUCUGCGACUUCGGUGAAGCACGCAUCGGUGACAAGCACAAGGGUGAUGUCAUGCCAGGGAUUUACAGGGCUCCGGAGGUUAUCCUGGAUAUGGAGUGGGAUUCUAAAGUGGAUAUUUGGGCAGUCGGCCUCACAACCUGGGAUCUUCUUGAAACAGGAAACCUUUUUUUCGCAAGAAAAGAUGGCCUGCUGAAUGAUGAACAGCACCUAGCUGAAAUGGUGUCACUUCUUGGGCCCCCGCCUCUCGAGUUCAUAAGACGAAGCGACAAGUGUCUUCAGUACUGGGAUGAAAAUGCAAACUGGAAAGGAUCUAUUCCUAUCCCAGAGCAAUCUUUAGAGAUACGCGAGCGGAGCCUGGAAGGGGAUGUCCGUACUAUGUUCUUGCAUUUCCUGCGAUCGGCGCUCGCAUGGUUACCUGAAGAGAGGCUUCUAGCUGAAGAUCUAGCACGGCACGCAUUUCUUAUGCAGCCCCUACUGGCUGCAGGUGGUCCGAAACAGCACUCUUAAUGAUCUGCUUCGAUAAUUAGGUUGUUAGGUGUGUGGUUCAUACACACUCCUUGUCAUCCGUACAGCAUUUUCUCGAGAACCAAUGGCAAGCAGCAGCAGGACGGAAACAGACAUUUUGCCGCCGGUUGGCCAUCGAAGAACGCCUUCACGACUUAGACUCGCCCUUGAGAAGAAUCUACCAGGGAGGUCUAAGCUGCCUGGUUGUUUGGACAUUGCUGCUACUCCACUCUAUCAGAUUCCCCGCUCCUAUCUGCAGACUAAGUACGUGAGAUUUCAGUGUAGAUCCCGAAAGAAAUAAAGUAGUGACAGUGGCAUUUUGAGCAAAAUGUAAACUUUCAGUGAUGUGAAA